GGGAGAGAGAGUGAUAGAUAACGUUACGAGGCAAAAACAAAAGAAAAAAAAGGAAGAGAAAAGGCCACAGAACCAAUGGGGGAAAAAAAAUAGAGAGAGGGACUCUUGGGGCUAGGGGAAGCAGGCAUGUGGAUGAGUGGGGGACACACCAAACUCAUUAAAACCCAUUGAAAUAAUUGAGUUUGUGACAGAAAAGAGAGAAAAAGAAAGCCAAAGCCCUUAUAAAAAAAUAUUAAAAAGCCCUUUGCAUCUCUCAUCCCUUCUUGCAUUUUUUUUAGUUUACUGUGUUGUUGUUGUUGAUGAUGAUGUUGUUGUUCUGAUCAAUGUGUGUGUGAGACCUUUGAAGACUUGAUAAAGUCACAAGCAAGAGUAAAAGGUAGGAAAUCAAAAACUGAAGCUACCCUUUUCUUCUUGGUCACAGCUUUGUCAGCUUGGACCCCUCAAGGAACGGAGAAAUCUUCUUUCUUUCUUCCUCUCAAAGAGUUAGUACUAGUGAAGAAGAAGAUGCCUCGACCAGGACCAAGGCCUUAUGAAUUUGUUAGGAGAGCGUGGCACAGUGAUAGACACCAGCCCAUCAGAGGUUCUCUCAUUCAAGAAAUCUUCAGACUCGUCAAUGAGGCUCAUUGCCCAGCAACUAAAAAGAACAAGGAAUGGCAAGAGAAGCUCCCUGUUGUUGUCCUGAAAGCAGAAGAAAUCAUGUACUCCAAAGCCAAUUCCGAGGCUGAAUAUAUGGACCUUAAGACACUCUGGGACAGAGCAAAUGAUGCCAUUAAUACCAUAAUUCGACGCGAUGAGAGUUUGGAAACUGGAGAGCUUCUUCAACCUUGCAUUGAAGCUGCUCUCAAUUUGGGCUGCACACCAAGAAGAGCCUCGAGGAGCCAACGAAAUUGCAAUCUGAGGUUUUACCUUAGUCCUAGCACUCAAGAGUCAAACACCUUGUCACCUGCUGCUGUGCACAACGCCAUUCGGGCAAAUCACAUAUCCAACUCACAUUGCCUGCGUGAUUAUUCAAACCUGGUAAAACCCACAAUCAUGAAUUCUGCUCCUUCAGGCUCAGAAUCACAAGACCUUGUCGGACAGGGCAAUGACACUUCUAACAGAAUUCUUUUUAGGUCUGAUAGCAUUCCUCCAUCUAAUGUUAACCGAUGUUUACCCUUGGAAAAUUACCGUAUACCAAGCUUGUGCUCUGUUUACCCCCUAUACCAUGGUAGUUUCCUAGAGCCACAGCGAGGUUGUGGAGCUCUUCCUAAGACUUUUCCUGGCACUAUAGAGCCUGUCAAGGUGGUUGCUGUGCAAAACUUCUUCCCCUGUAACGAGGACACCCCUGUUAGAACCAGUCAAGUUGGUCACAAGGACUGUUUGCAACCACAAGAAAUUGAGUGCGAUUUAUCAUUGCGGUUAGGCUCUAUCUUAGCUCCAGUGCCUAGUGCGAAAACCAAGCAAAUAAAGGAUGCCAAAGACGGUGGCCAUGAUUGUUCUCAAGAGGGGGGUAAGUUUGAUGAUUGGAUGCCACAAAUGGACAAGGAGUUAUCUUUCUUCCCCAAGGUUGAUGUGGUUGAACCGCAAGUUUCACAUUCAAGCAAAUCGAGGGAACAUAUAAUUGUAGAUGUGACAAUGAAAAAACGCAAGUUGGUUUUCGAUCACCAUGUCGAGGAUCAACAAUUUUUAUGGCAGCCAAAGCUUCCUUGUAAUAAGUUUACUGGCAGAAUGAAAAGCGUGGGUCCGUAAGCUGGCUGUUGCUUGGUAUGUUGCUUCAAACUCUUGAUAUGCCUAAGCAAGCAUAUCUUGCUAAAGCUCUUUUUGGCAAUGUAGUGUUUGCUAGUUUUGCUUGACAAUGAUGAGUUGCUAGCUGCAAUAAUGUAAGAAUGUUAGAUGUAAAUAUUGAUCUGAGUUCGAAUUAGAACUAACAUAAGAAGCAUGUGGUUUAAAUUUACGAAGAAAUGUUUGAUGCAACAUGGUGUUGCUUUUGGACCACA